ACACUUUUCUUUUGCUUGCUUGCUUGCUUGCCUGCCUGCCCGACCCUCAGCGGUGAGCAGCAGCUCAGUUAUCCUUUCUAUGAGAUCCUCCUAUCCAUCUAUAUGUCACAAUCCCAAUCUUGGAGGAUCUCCAUGUAAUUUACUUCUUCUUCUUUUUUUCUUCUAAAGAAAAAAAUAAUAAUAAUCAUUUUUCCGCACUUUAAACCCUGAUCGGAACAGAUACUCCGAAUAUCUGCAGUGCAACGCCACCACUACCAGCAAGCAGCUCCAUUAGAUUAGUGGAGAGAGAGAGAGAGAGAGAGAGAGGAGAUGGUUCUGGAGCCAUUGAGACAGAGAGUGCACUGUUUUUUGCCAUUUUAGUUCUAGGGUUCUACGACCCUUCCAGUCGAAGUUAAAGCCUCACGAGUUUCAAACGCAGGUUACUUUCCGAUAAACAAGCUACUGUUUCCACUUUUCUCAGCAGUUGACGACUCGUUGAGGGAAGAAAUCGGUGAGGGAUUCGAGGAUUUUGCCUUAAAAUUGGCGGCCAAGUCUCGUUUCUACGACCUUUUCAAUGGUAAUUUUUGGUAUGGCAGUUGAUAUGGUAAAGGGGUUUGGGCUUUCUUGUGGUAAUUUGACAAGCUAGUAUUGGGUAGCAAGAAAUGGUUGCCAGGACUUGACCUUUAUCGAAUUCGUUGGAAAUUGGUUGGCAUGUAAAUAGCUAGCUUGAGAGAAGAAAAACGUUGGUUGAAAUGAAGCACUCGGGCAUAAUUUGAGAGUUGCAGCAUGAGUUGCAGCGAGAGGAACAGAGAGGGAGGAGAAGAUGGGGAAUAUGAUAAACCAGUUGCACGCAGGUCUGUUGAGGGCGGCCCGAGGUUGGUUUCGCAGAAUGGAUCAAUCACCGCGCCACAAUUAACAAUUGAUCGGAGUUUGCUGGUUGACCCCAAGUUACUUUUUAUUGGAUCAAAAAUUGGCGAGGGAGCCCACGGGAAAGUUUAUGAAGGAAGGUAUAGGGAUCAAAUUGUUGCAAUAAAGGUUCUCCAUCGUGGAAAUACUGUUGAAGAACGGGCUGCACUUGAAAAUCGUUUUGCCCGGGAAGUUAAUAUGAUGUCUAGAGUGAAACACGAGAACCUAGUCAAGUUUAUUGGAGCUUGUAAGGAUCCUUUAAUGGUCAUAGUUACAGAACUGUUGCCCGGGAUGUCACUGCGGAAGUAUUUAAUCAGUAUUCGUCCUAAACAACUUGACCUGCAAGUGGCAAUCAGUUAUGCCCUUGAUGUUGCUCGAGCCAUGGAUUGUCUUCAUGCCAAUGGGAUUAUACACAGAGAUUUGAAACCUGACAAUUUGUUGCUUACUGCUGGUCAGAAGUCUGUAAAGCUUGCAGAUUUUGGACUUGCAAGGGAAGAAUCUGUAACUGAGAUGAUGACUGCUGAAACUGGAACUUACCGUUGGAUGGCUCCUGAGCUAUACAGUACAGUGACGUUGCGUCAGGGGGAGAAGAAGCAUUACAAUAACAAGGUUGAUGUUUACAGCUUUGGCAUUGUCCUGUGGGAACUGAUAACUAACCGCCUGCCAUUUGAAGGCAUGUCCAACUUGCAGGCUGCUUAUGCUGCUGCUUUUAAGCAGGAGAGGCCUAGUCUUCCAGAGGAUGUAUCCCCUGAGCUUGCAUUCAUCAUACAGUCCUGUUGGGUUGAGGAUCCAAAUAUGCGACCCAGUUUUAGCCAAAUCAUCCGCUUGCUGAAUUCAUUUCUUUUCACAUUGACUCCAAAUUUACCAUCCUUGCCUCAAUCUGAUGCGGCAGAGGUUGCCAUGACGAGUAACGGUGUCAUGACAGAGCUAUCUUCGCGAGCAAGAGGGAAAUUUAGUUUUCUUCGACAACUUUUUGCCGCAAAGAGGACAAGGAAUUUACAGUGAGCAGUCAAGUUUUGAGGUCUCAUUUUGUUGAAUAUCAAAAGAGAAAAAGUUAUAUAUGUAAAUGAACUCGUGAAUCAUAUUACCUGAGAGCCACAGUGAUUAGAUGAUGAAUCCUCAAAUAGAUAUGAUGCCCCCAGGGGAAAGUCAUUGAGAAAUAAAUAGUAACCACAACACAGACCUAACCUAAGAUCUUGUACUUGACUUUUGCUGUAAAGGAGGAGACGCUCUUUUCAUUUUCCUGUCCAUAACAACAAUGUUGCCUAGCUAGUAUUUGAAAUGCUGCUCUCAAGUCUAUUUAACUUUUUUGUUUCCAGA